CGCAAAGCUCUCGAUAACUAGAGCGCUAGCUCCAAAACAGAUACAAAAGAAGAGAUCGAGAAGAUCGUUGGUACUGGGGGCGCCGGGGAAUAUCGUUGAUGGAGUUUUCUGUAGUGAAGAAGCUGAUCUUUCUUGUGACUGUGCUGUUUGUUGCCUUCUCGAGCAUCGGGAGGCUUCAGGUUUGCAACGCGCAAAGCUUAUGCAACGUGCCCUUUUCUGGACUAAUGGAAUGCAAGCCAUCUGUGACUCCUCCAAAUCCUACCGCGCCUUCGGCCAGCUGCUGCUCUGCACUCUCUCAUGCCGACCUUCGAUGUCUUUGCUCCUACAGAAACUCCAACCUGUUGCCUUCCCUUGGAAUUGAUCCAAACCUUGCCAUGCAGCUCCCCGGAAAGUGCAAACUUCCUAAUGCUGCUCAUUGCUAAGAUCAUGUGAUCCAUUAGCGAAAGCUAGCAGAAGUGAAGUGAAGUAUUCAAUAAUGCUGAACUUUGAAUGCUCUUCCUGAGCAUUUGAUCUUUGCUCUUUGUCUCUUUUCGAUAUUGUUGAGGUUUCUGAGUUCCUGCUUUGUUAUAGCUAAAGCGUGUGGGAGAAUCAAAUAUUGUAAUACAGCGUUUGUAUUGUGUUUCCUUAUUUCCAAGUUUGUCGUUUUGUCCUGUC